AUGGCGCCUACCAUCCAGACCCAGGCUCAGCGGGAAGAUGGCCACAGACCCAACUCCCAUAGGACCGUGCAAGAGAGGUCAGGUGUGGUGUGUCGAGUCAAGUACUGUAACACUCUUCCCGACAUCCCCUUUGAUCCCAAGUUCAUCACGUAUCCCUUUGACCAGAACCGGUUCGUCCAGUAUAAGGCAACAUCUCUAGAAAAACAGCACAAACAUGACCUGCUCACAGAGCCCGACCUGGGAGUCACCAUCGACCUCAUUAACCCAGACACCUACCGCAUUGACCCUAACGUUCUCCUAGAUCCAGCAGAUGAGAAAUUACUGGAAGAAGAGAUCCAGGCCCCAACCAGCUCCAAAAGGUCCCAGCAGCAUGCAAAGGUGGUUCCCUGGAUGAGAAAGACAGAAUAUAUCUCUACGGAGUUCAAUAGAUAUGGGGUCUCUAAUGAGAAGCCUGAGGUCAAGAUCGGGGUGUCCGUGAAGCAACAGUUCACUGAAGAGGAGAUCUACAAAGAUCGAGACAGCCAGAUCACUGCCAUCGAGAAGACUUUUGAGGAUGCCCAGAAGUCAAUCUCUCAACACUACAGCAAGCCAAGGGUGACGCCAGUUGAGGUGAUGCCUGUUUUCCCAGACUUUAAGAUGUGGAUCAAUCCCUGUGCCCAGGUGAUCUUUGACUCAGAUCCAGCCCCCAAGGAUACUAGUGGUUCUGCAGCCCUGGAGAUGAUGUCUCAAGCCAUGAUCAGGGGAAUGAUGGAUGAGGAGGGCAAUCAGUUUGUGGCCUACUUUUUGCCAGUGGAAGAGACCAUGAGGAAGCGUAAGCGUGACCAGGAGGAAGAGAUGGACUAUACACCAGAUGAUAUCUAUGAUUAUAAAAUUGCAAGGGAGUACAACUGGAAUGUGAAGAACAAGGCUAGUAAAGGCUAUGAAGAAAACUACUUUUUCAUCUUCCGAGAAGGUGAUGGGGUCUACUACAAUGAAUUGGAAACCAGGGUCCGCCUCAGUAAACGGAGGGCCAAGGCCGGAGCACAGUCAGGUACCAAUGCCUUACUGGUAGUCAAACACCGCAACAUGAAUGAGAAGGAGCUGGAAGCUCAGGAAGCUCGGAAGGCACAGCUGGAGAACCAUGAGCCAGAAGAGGAGGAGGAAGAAGAGAUGGAGAAAGAGACACCAGACUCAGAUGAAGAAGAGGACAAAGGAAGUGACAGUGAAAAAGAGGGAAGUGAGGAAGAAGAAGAGCCAUCAGGAAGUGAGAGUGAUCAAGAAGAUGAAGAGGAGAGUGAGAAGAAUGGGAGUGAAGAGGACAAAGCAGAGGAAGAAAGCAGUGAGGAUGAGGCCCGAGCAGCCAGAGACAAGGAAGAAAUCUUUGGAAGUGAUGCUGACUCAGAGAAAGAUGAUGAGGAAGAGAAUGGGAGAGGCCGAAGCAAGGGCCGUGGGAAGGGUGAAGAUGAGGAGAGUGGCAGUGAGGGAGGGCCUAGACGGCACAACCCCAGCCCCUCUUUCCUCAGUAACAGCAUCCACUCAGCCAAAGAGUAUGGUAGUAAGGGGGUCACAUCUGGCUCCAUUGAGGAUGCCAGUGACAGUGACUGA